AUGGAAGAAUGGCCAUUUUUAGAGAAUUGGCACUUCUGCUCACUCCCUAAUUUGUCCAAUCACUUCUUUUUGAUUGGUUUUGCUUGGUUACUUUCUUAUUACCUUUUUUUUUCUCCCUCACUGGGUCCUUUUUCUCUCCUUCCUCCCUUCUGUUGGUCCUUUCUCUCUCCUUCCUCCCUUCUGUUGGUCCUUUCUCUCUCCUUCCUCCCUUCUGUUGGUCCUUUCUCUCUCCUUCCUCCCUUCUGUUGGUCCUUUCUCUCUCCUUCCUCCCUUCUGUUGGUCCUUCCUCCCUUCUGUUGGUCCUUUCCUCCUUCCUCCCUUCUGUUGGUCCUUUUCUCUCCUUCCUCCCUUCUGUUGGUCCUUUUUCUCUCCUUCCUCCCUUCUGUUGGUCCUUUCUCUCCUUCCUCCCUUCCUUUUCUCUCCUUCCUCCCUUCUGUUGGUCCUUUCUCUCUCCUUCCUCCCUUCUGUUGGUCCUUUCUCUCUCCUUCCUCCCUUCUGUUGGUCCUUUCUCUCUCCUUCCUCCCUUCUGUUGGUCCUUUCUCUCUCAUUCUAUCUGUUCAUGUCUCUCUUAAUACAUCCAAGCAUUUGUCUGUCUGUCUGUCUGUCUGUCUCUCUUCGUUGUACUUGUACUGUCUUCCUUUUCCCCUCUCUACUUGGGUGUUUCUUUUUCUAUCUGCCUCUUAA